AUGGAGGGCACAACGUACGGCACACGGGACUACCUGUCAGACGCGUACCUGCUCAACCUGCACACCCUGCACUGGUCGCCUGUGCGCGUGCAUGGGGCAGCCAUGGCGGGCCCUAGUGCGGGGCAUUCAGUGGAGGGGCUGUUGUUGGUGGGUGGCUGUGUGCUCGGCACACUGGGCAUCCAUCCCAUCUCGCGCGUCGACCCCUUGCUGCUUGGCAACUUUGGCUCCCCGGCCCUGCCCCCUGCCUCCUCAUGCCUGCCUUCUGCUGUGCUUGCUGGGAGAACCAAUCAGCUUGCUCCGACAAAUCUUGCGGCUGAGGUUGUGUCAUCUGGAGCUGGAGAAGCGGCAGGUGUUGCUUGUGAUGGUGGCAGUGGCAGUGGGCCUUUGGAUUUGAUUCUGAGGGUGAGGGAUGUGCGAAAUACGGUGGUGCAACGGAGUGAUUGGGCGGAUGCAGGUAAUGACGACUACAAGUAA